AUGUCGGACCCAACUGAUGCCAUUACCACUGCGUUCGAGAGCCUUACCGCUGAGGACAACGGCCUGAACGGGAAGGGUACGCCGAAGAAGGUUCCCAACGAACAGGGCACAGGGAGGAAGAAGCGGACUUACGAAGCAAGGCUUCAAAAGCUUUGGUCGUGUGGAUUCGACGACGUAGUACCAGCAUCUAUUCGGCCGAAGAACGAAGAUGGCAUUGAGAAAAAGGCUGCAGAUUGGCCCAUGCGGGUAAGGAAAGGAAUCGUAAGUAUCGCUCGACUCACCAAAGACAUCCCAUGGGUGCGUACCAAGCUCGUAGAGCAAGUUCAUAUUCGAGGACAGCCGCGCAUGGCAUUCCUUACUGCCAAAGACGUUUCCGUGGUGCUUCAUUCCAUGGAGGAUUCGAACGCAGCUGUUCCGCCAGUUCCAUCCACCUUAAGAGUUGCCAAGCGCGCUGCCUCCGACUCGUCCCCUGAUCCGCCGACUAAGCGUACCAAAGCUGUCGAAGAUCCAGAAGACAUGAUCAUGGAAGAUUCCGCUUUCGAAGCUAGAACAUCGGAAGGUCUUCUCGAAGUCUCUGGUCAACAGUCUCCAACGACAACACAGGAUCUCGAGCACGCGCAUCGCAAGGCAGUGAAGAACCUGAACGAUCGACAUGCCAGUUCAAUGAGGUUCCACAAGCGAUUACAUGGCGAGGCACUGGAGGAGAACGCGAAUUUGAAGCAGAAGAUUGAGCAGCAGAAGCAGCAGAUCGAGCAUCUGGAGCGUAUGCUUGAACAGCACGGUCUCGCUCACCUGAAGGCCGCCCCAAGCGGAACACCGUACCCGUUGGACGCGCUUCUCGGCGAGCUAGCUGCUCAGACUCCAGCUUCAACUCCACCGGCCUCAUCGUCAAUGUCGGCCUUGACCCCCACGGCUUUCGACACAGCUCCAAUGGAAGGUCUGAACAGCGACUAA